GUUGAUCUAAUCUUCACGCUGGGCAUUCUGGCGCUCUGGCAAAUCGUAAAACAUGGUGUUUCAGAUAAGUUAAUCACACUUAUAAGAGCAUUUUAUUGGCAUAUAAUAGCGCAGUUUGUGAACACAUUUCCAUCGUGUCUUCUAGUUGUUUUAUUCUUUAUAAUGGGUUCCACGCUUGGAUUUUACCGAGCUACGAUAUUUUAUUCCAAUUGGAUAUCAAUAAUAUCUUUAUUGAACAUUGUUUCAUUACUUAUCACUUUUAUUCUAUAUGUGAGGCGUCAAACUUCGGAUUUUUUUAAUAGUAUCGAUUUUUACUAUGGGACAGAACUCACGCCGACCAUUCUUGACAUCGAUAUCAAACAUUUUGUAACAUACCGAAUUAGCUUCACAUUAUGGGCCAUUUAUAUCAUCUCAGCCUAUCAUUAUUCUAAAUCCAUCCGCGGUCAAAUAAGUUUAGAAUUAAUUGCUUGUGCAAUCCUACAGCUAAUUUACAUUGCAAGAACUUUGUGGUUUGAACAUUUUCAUUACAGCCAACUUGACGCCCAAGUCGACAAAGCCGGAUUUUGUCGUAUAUGGAGAGGAAUGGUUCUUCUACCGACACUUUAUGUUACACCUAUAUCAUUGCUCGCACGAAACCAAAGCGUUUUACCUAAACCGCUUUCUGUUUUACUUUUCUUAAUGGGAUUAACGGCAAUUUAUGUUAAUACUGACAUUAAUCAACAACGGUACAAUUUCCGUAUUGGUAACGGAAAUGUAAAAAUUUGGGGAAAAGAUCCAUUUUUUAUUGCAGCGAAAUUUCGACGAGAAAAUGGUGAUUUUGGAACCAAUUUACUUUUAGGAAGCGGUUGGUGGGGCCUCAGUAGACAUCCAAAUUAUCUUGCUGAAUGGCUCAGUUUCAUGUUUUGGUCCCUUCUUCAAGGAUCGACAACCAUUAUUCCAUAUUCGCCUUUGAUAUAUUUAGCUAUAUUUCUUUAUUUACGAACCGUUCAUGAUGAAAUCAGAUGUUUGGGAAAAUAUGGAAACUACUGGCUUCAGCAUUCAAAUCGUGUUAACUUUAUGUUAAUACCCUCUAUAUAUUAA